CCCCCCGCUGCUCCCCCCCCCCCCCCCGGCUCCGCGCGCCGCCUCGCGGGGGUCCUUCCCCGGGCCCGACGCGCACUCGGCGGCCGCCGAGACCCCCCAACCGUCGCGCUCUCUCACCCCGGGCGCGCGGCCCGCCGCCUGCUUCCGGGGCGGGCGGACUGGGCGCCUCGGUGCCGGCGGCCGCAGCGGAGGAGGAAGGAGAGAAGAGGAGGAGGAGGAGGAGGAGAAGGAGGAGGAGGUGGCCGCAGGCUGAGUCGCGGCCGGGAUGUCCGGGCAGCCGCCGCCGCCGCCGCCGGCACAGCAGCAGCAGCAGCAGCAGCAGCAACAGCAACAGCAGCAACAGCAGCAGCAGCAACAACAACAACAGCAGCAGCAGCAGCAACAGCAGCCGCAGCAGCACCAACUGCAGCCGCAGCAGCCGCAGCAGCAGCAGCUGCCGCCCCCGCCGGCGGCCGUGGCCCCCGGCUCCGGAGUGGUCCUGCCCGCGCCCGCGGCCGCCAGCGCCGGCUCCUCUCCGGCCGGCUCCCCCGGCGGCGGCGGCAGCGGCGGCGGCGGCUCCUCCUCGGGCGGCGGCUUGGGGGCCGCGGCGGCCGCGCUGCUGCUCCACCCGCCGCCGCCGCCGCCGCCCCCGGCCGCCGCCGCGCCGCCGCCCCCGCCCCCGCCGCCGCCGCCCGCCGCCGCGGCCGCCGCCGCCCCCGCCAGCGCGCCCCCCGCGCCCCCCGGCCUGGCGGCGGGGCCCGGCCCCAGCGGGGGCGCCCCGGCCCCGGGCCUGCCGGCGGCGGGCGGCGCGGCCCCCUUCCCGCACGGCGACUCGGCCCUCAACGAGCAGGAGAAGGAGCUGCAGCGCCGCCUCAAGCGCCUCUACCCGGCCGUGGACGAGCAGGAGACGCCGCUGCCGCGCUCCUGGAGCCCGAAGGACAAGUUCAGCUACAUCGGCCUGUCGCAGAACAAUCUGCGGGUGCACUACAAAGGUCAUGGGAAAACCCCAAAAGAUGCAGCAUCAGUUCGAGCCACACAUCCAAUACCAGCAGCCUGUGGGAUUUAUUACUUUGAAGUAAAAAUUGUCAGUAAAGGAAGAGAUGGUUACAUGGGAAUUGGUCUCUCUGCCCAAGGUGUGAACAUGAAUAGACUACCAGGCUGGGAUAAACAUUCAUAUGGUUACCAUGGGGAUGAUGGACAUUCAUUUUGUUCUUCUGGAACGGGACAACCAUAUGGACCAACUUUUACAACUGGUGAUGUCAUUGGCUGUUGUGUUAACCUAAUCAACAAUACCUGCUUCUACACCAAGAAUGGACAUAGUUUAGGUAUUGCGUUCACGGAUCUACCGCCCAAUCUCUAUCCCACCGUGGGGCUGCAGACACCGGGAGAAGUGGUGGAUGCCAAUUUUGGGCAGCAUCCCUUCGUGUUUGAUAUAGAGGACUACAUGCGCGAGUGGAGAACCAAGAUACAGGCGCAGAUCGACCGGUUCCCUAUCGGAGAUCGAGAAGGAGAAUGGCAGACCAUGAUACAGAAGAUGGUUUCAUCUUACUUAGUCCAUCACGGGUACUGUGCCACGGCAGAGGCCUUUGCCAGAUCUACAGACCAGACUGUUCUAGAAGAAUUAGCUUCCAUUAAGAAUAGACAAAGAAUUCAAAAGUUGGUUCUAGCAGGAAGAAUGGGAGAAGCCAUUGAAACAACACAACAGUUAUAUCCAAGUUUACUUGAAAGAAAUCCCAAUCUCCUUUUCACAUUAAAAGUGCGUCAGUUUAUAGAAAUGGUGAAUGGUACAGAUAGUGAAGUGCGAUGUCUGGGAGGCCGAAGUCCAAAAUCUCAAGACAGUUACCCUGUUAGUCCUCGACCUUUUAGUAGUCCAAGUAUGAGCCCCAGCCAUGGAAUGAAUAUCCAUAACUUAGCAUCAGGCAAAGGAAGUACUGCACAUUUUUCCGGUUUUGAAAGUUGUAGCAAUGGUGUAAUAUCAAACAAAGCACAUCAAUCAUAUUGUCACAGUAAACACCAGUCAUCUAAUUUGAAUGUACCAGAACUAAACAGUAUAAAUAUGUCAAGAUCACAGCAAAUGAAUAACUUCACCAGUAAUGAUGUAGACAUGGAGACCGAUCACUACUCCAAUGGAGUCGGAGAAACGUCGUCUAAUGGUUUCCUAAACGGUAGCUCUAAGCAUGACCACGAAAUGGAAGAUUGUGACACCGAAAUGGAAGUGGACUCCAGUCAGUUAAGACGCCAGUUGUGUGGAGGAAGUCAGGCUGCCAUUGAGAGAAUGAUCCACUUUGGAAGAGAACUGCAAGCCAUGAGUGAACAGCUGAGGAGAGAAUGUGGCAAAAACACGGCCAAUAAAAAAAUGCUGAAGGAUGCAUUCAGUUUACUAGCUUAUUCAGAUCCUUGGAACAGCCCCGUUGGAAAUCAGCUUGACCCGAUUCAGAGAGAACCUGUGUGCUCAGCUCUGAACAGUGCAAUAUUAGAAACCCACAAUCUGCCAAAGCAACCUCCACUUGCCCUAGCAAUGGGACAGGCCACACAAUGUCUGGGACUGAUGGCUCGAUCAGGAAUUGGAUCUUGCGCAUUUGCCACAGUGGAAGACUACCUACAUUAGCUAUGCAUUAAGGAGCUCACACUUAUAUUGUGGCAUAUAGUCAACAUGGAAGUAGACCAGCUCUGCUGAUUUGAAAUUUAGAUUUUUUAAUUAUGUACUGGGGACAGGUUUUUGUCGCUUUACAUUGCUUCCUAGUUUACAGCAUGAUGCAAAUGAUUUUCUAACUUAGUGUUAGGAGAAAUUAUUUUCCAUCUUUAACCUCUUAGUUGUCUAAGAGUUAAAUAUUACUGAAUUUCAGACGUUCAAAUUGAUCAUCACAAAUCCUUUAAAACAAUUACCUAAAAGAAACCAAAAAAUCCUGCCUUCUUUGUUGGGGGGGAGAGGGGAAGGAAAUGGAACAAGUUGUGUUUGUGUUAGCAUGUGGGUGAUGUAAAAACUUCUAAUUGGGAGAUGUUCCGACCCCCGCUCCCAUACAAGCAUUCAAUCAGUGUAACUUGCAAAAUGCAUAAACAUCCGACAGUUUGAAUUUAUAGUGUUGAUGGAAGAAAUCAUUUUUAAUGUGUACUGUAAAACUUGAAAUACUCAGGAGCUGAGUGAAUAUGUUUGUUGCUACUUACAAUCCCGACCUGUUAGUCCCAGUAGUUCUGUUUUAACAUGGUCUUUUUCAACUUUGUUUCCUGUUUCACUACAGACGAUUUCUGUUCUAGACUCACAAGUUUAACUGUUGUAUUAUAACAGUAUUACAUGUCAACAGUGUGGUUAUGACCUUUAUUUAUAUAAAACCAAAUAUUUAGUCAAUUUACCGUGUCUUAAUUUAAUCUUUGUACAUCUUCCAUUUUUAAGUGCUUAAAUGAGUACUAUAUUGCAAUAAAAAUGUAGUGAUAUAAUUAACCAGCCAUUAAAAAUUUACUUCUACAGAUAACUAGAGUGUUAAUUGAGUUUAUAUAUCAGGUUAACCUAACUGCAUAAAUGAGUAUAUUUAGCUCAAGGCUGCCAUUCAUUACCGGCCUCUUUAGAGUUGAACUUGAUAGGGUGACAUAGGAAAAAACAUAAUAUCCUUGUGUUCCUAACUUGUCCAGCACGGUAAAGCAAACCUCCCAAGUGGUUACAAGUACAAAGUUGUGGGGCUGGAGAGAUAGUAAAGGGGUUAAGGUGCUUGCCUAGCAUGCAGCGGUGACUGUGGUUCCCAGCCUGGCACUGCAUGUGGCCCCGAACAGGGGCUGGCGCAGCCCAGUAGUAAGGUUAUUACUAGCUGUUGACAAUGUUUAUGCGCUGAGGCGAGAGCCUUCUUUAAGAGAAUAGGAUUGCUGCCGGCAGUGCUCUUCCUUCCUAGUUCUCACUAAGAACCAACUAUGAGAGCUGUAGCU